AUGAGCGAUACUGUUGAAGAAGUUGCGGAGGGGGAUCGCCCCGUCAUCAAUUAUAAUGCUGUCAAAGUCUACGAUGAACGGAAUAGAUGCCUAUACAUCUAUGGAGGCACUAGAUGGCCUGUUAAUGACAACAUAAGAUCUCCCACUUGCAAACCCACGUCAGACUUCUUUCGUUUCAGCUUUGGUUCCGUGCACCCCUGGACUAAUUAUACAAACGACAUGCGAGACGAUCGGUCCCUGAUAUCACCAUUCGAAGAGACGCUAUCAGUACCACAGACCUCCGGACUGGAGUUACCUGGACUAGGGCCACUACCGACGCUUAAUAAUGCUGUAGGGACUGUUGUACACGAUAAUACAGCCUCUAUGACUCCAUAUUUGUUACUUCUGGGAGAGCCUGUACGAAAGUCGUCUAGAAAGGAAAGCCACCCUGAACUUCUGUGUAUCAAUCUCAAACAGAAUGCAUGGCGUAUAAUUGAACUUAGAAAUGCAAGGAGUGUUCCUAAUGGACGAUCUCGUGCAUCCAUGAUCAUCUCAGGUACACUAAGGACAGAGGGAGUCGAUGUGUAUCUGUGUGUCUUCGGGGGCGAUGUUAAUACGAUUACGUCUUCAAGGAAAUUUUCUGUUGCAAAUCUCUCGAAAGGGAUUUGGACCAUUCCCGAUGGAGAGUUACCAGAAGCUGUUGGGCCUUUAGGGAUACACCCUGGCCUUGCAAAGUACUGGGACGCACAUCAGGGUCGGGAAUUGUUAUUAAUUAUGAGAGGAGCUGUAGAGCCACAUGCAGGCAGUUCAGAGUCGGCUGCAAAAGCAACAUUCACAAAAGCGGUCCUAUUUGAUGUACAAUCAAGCAGUCAAUGCUUUAUGGACGUCAGCAUCGACACAUUACAUAUCCCUGCUUCUGCAAAGACGUUCAUUUGGCAGAGAUGCACGUCUUCUUUGCCUAGCACCUCAGACUAUGUUCUGGUUACUUGUGGGCAUCGGCGUGGACCUAACACAUAUCCACUGAGAUCAGCAAAGCGUGCAAGCAUAUUGUAUAUAAGGCCAAAAAUUAGAGUCUGGACUGCAGAAAUCGUGCACGUAAAUAAUGCAGUUGGAAUAGAACCUGAACACACAGAAGACAGCGAGAUUCACAUAGAUCUCACUUCUGACAACGAAAGUGACUCGUCAUCCACUGAAUCGGACAGUCCCACCAGAGUAAAAAACUGUAGACUAUCAAAAUCCCUGAACAUCUUUACUCAAAGAGCAAAGAGAACCGGUCCACCACUACUGAGAAAGAGUGGACUGAAAAUCAUCUGGCGAAAUGUGAAUUGCGGACGUCUCAAGCGCCAUCUGGACAAUCUGAACCCUUCAUUUCGUGUUGAAGCUAUGUAUCUCAGCGGGAAUCUUCCCAGCCGCUUUGAGCAGUCUGAGUACACGUACGGGCAUCCGUUCAGCCCAAAGCUUAUCCUGCUAGGAUGCGACCACGAGUUCCUAGGGGAAGUUCUUGGAGACAUUCACAAUGCGUUUGCGUGCAUUUCUCUACAUUCGCUUCUCGAUACAGGCCAUGAUACCAAUUCCAGCGAGGAGGUGGAGGAGGUGGAGGAUGUCAGUGUAACUGAUGAUUCUACACUAUCGGAUAACGACACGCUACUCCCUCAUACUGACGAGAGCAGCCAUUCUCUCAGUCCUCAUAGUUCAUCAAGCACUGUUACUGUCAACCAGUCCAAUAGAGCACCAUCUGACCUUGCUGAACUAAUCGAGGUUCAGCAAGCAUUGACUCGGAAAUCUACUGAACUUGGAACUCCCCUGUUGAUGGCAUCUCCUGCAUUAGGUGGACGUAUAGAUCCGCAUUUAUGUCAUUCUUUUCAAGGAGAGGAUCUGUUUCUAUUACCAGUCCCCAAAACACCCACUAGUAUUGAUGUCGAGGACUUACAAGUUGAGGAGAUUGUCAAUAAAAUCGUAGGGUGUGAGUCGGAUGAUGAGAUGGAGAUAGAUGUGAUGCUGAAUUAG